AUGGCGUCCUGGCUGUCCUGGCUGGAGAGUGUUAUAUCCGCGAUCUUCAGCAUGAUUCUGGAUGUCGCGCAGUUCUGGCAAUCUAAAUUAUUUUCAUGGUGGACCUUGAAAUCUCCCCGAGAUCGAUGCGUGCAUACGCUUGCUACGGCGCAGACAUACGAGGAAUGGGAAGAGGCCGCGUGCGAGCUGGACGACGUGCUGGGCAAGGACUUUUGGCGCCAAAAUCCAGUCAGUCGACAAUAUGACUACCGGCUGAUCCUCGGGCGACUAGAGGCGCUGAUGAACGCGCGCGGGGCCGGCGACAUUGUGGCUUUGGCCAACCUGCUUCGCUCCGGGUUGGUGCGCAACCUGGGCAACAUCACCACGACUAAAUUAUUCACGCAUGCCUAUGGAGGUACCAAGCUUUUGAUCGACGACUACAUCACGCAGGUCGCGUUAUCUAUUCAGUAUGUGACGAUGUGGCGGGCGGAGCAAGCGCAGGAGCCUGCCCAGGCGACCAUGUUCACCCCGCAGGCGAAGCUGGAGCUAUUGCACGAUACCCGACAGGCCUUUGGUCGCACGACUCUUCUUUUACAGGGCGGCUCGGCUUUUGGGUUGUGCCAUCUGGGGGUGGUCAAGGCUUUGCAUCUGCAGGGACUUCUACCGCGUAUCAUCACCGGUACAGCGAAGGGAGCUAUGAUCGCAGCUCUCGUUGGGGUUCAUCCUGAAAGCGAACUGCUCCCGUUGCUGGAGGGUGGUGGAAUUGAUCUUUCUGUCUUUGAUAGUCGUUGGAAAGACCACCCCGAUGGAACCGAGAGCUGGAUACGAGUUUUCUUUCGACGCCUAAAGAGGUUUCUCCGAACAGGUCAUCUGUUUGACAUGGGGUUGCUGGAAGAGUGUGUCCGCGCCAACGUGGGUGAUUUGACAUUUGAAGAGGCGUAUGCUCGGUCCAAGCGGAUCUUGAAUAUCACGAUUGCCACGGGGGGCAAGGAUGGCACUCCAAAUCUCCUUAAUUACCUGACUGCGCCGAAUGUGUUGAUUUGGUCGGCCGCCGCUGCUUCGAGCGCUUCAUCCUCCUCGACUCUCUCUUCCCCGGUUACCAUCUACUGCAAGGACGAGACAGGCUCAAUCAUGCCUUGGCCACUUACACAGGAUGCAGUCUUUCAUCCAUGGCGACAUGUCCACUAUAACGAUGGAGAAUCGCCGCUUUCCCGAAUCGCAGAACUCUUCAACGUAAACCACUUCGUUGUCUCGCAGGCACGGCCCUAUCUAAUCCCAUUCCUCCGAUCCGAACUCAACCUCCUCGAUCGCCGCCAGACCGGCUGGCACAACAUUUCUCGCUCAUUGAUGCGCCUUGUCCUCGUCGAGCUUCGCCACCGACUCCGGCAACUUGACUACAUCGGCUUGUUACCCGCAGCCGUCAGCAGGCUAAUGAUCGACGAAACAAUCCCAGGCCCGAACCUAACCCUCGUGCCAGAUCUUUCAUUCAAAGACAUCAGCAAGCUCUUCCAGCAACAAACUCCAGAACACCUGGCGGAAUGGAUACUGAAAGGCGAGCGAGGCGUCUGGCCCGCCGUUAGUGCCUUGAAAGUGCGCGAAGCCGUUGAAAUCGAGCUGGACCGGGGGUACCAGCUCGUCCGGCGCCGCCGUCCCAGUGACCCAAUACCUGUCCGCCAUUCUCCCAACGAGGGCGUACCGCGUCAACGACGGGUGAAUAGCGAGGGUGACGCGGAGAAUGGACAUGCUGAUGGGGAGUAA